AUGAAGUCAGCUGAAUCAAUGAGAACAAUGUUGUAUUCCUUUAUUAAUUUUGAACCAUAUGUCUCCUUAGAAAAAAUUACGAUUCCUUUAUGGUUGGAAAAUAAACUAAAAUAUGAAAAUAUUAAAAAUAGAGUACCUAAACAUGUGAAAUUAAAAACUGAAGAAACAGAGGAGUUUACAAGUGGAGAACCUAGUCGUAAAAAAAUUAAAACUGAAAAUACAGAGUUUGAAAUUCCAAAGUUAAUACUGUCAAAGGAUGGCAAUACAUUUAAAUCAAAACUUAAAUAUUCAAAAUUACAGCUAUUACAAAAUUCUAAUUUAAAAUCACUACCUGAACAAUCGAAUACAAACAAUGAGGCCAAACCUUUAAACGAUGAAAAAUGUAUAAUAAUGAACCACAAAAAGGAAGAGACCACAGAAAUCAAGAAAUCAGUAACACAUGAUAGUUUAUUAUUUGGUAAAAUCAAAAUACGCAAUGUACAAACAAUAAAUGCCAAUUUUUCUGAAAUUGGUAGUAACAUUGAGUAUUUUGGUACAAAAAAAUUAGAUGUUUCCCAAACUAAUGCACCUUUUGUUUUUCCAUCACUAGGAACCAAGAAAUUAACAUUGCUAUGUUUUGAACAAUUACAUAAAAAAUACUUCAAUAAAACUGUACAAGAUACUUUGGUUAUUAAUAACAACAUACUAUUUAUGAACAUGCUGACAAAUAUGCAUUGUAUAUCACGAGUAAAUUGGAUAUUAAGUUGGAAAGACAAACAUGUUAUGGCUCAGAAAAUUCAUAAACUGACAGUCCUGUACAUUAAUUAUUUUGAAAAACUUGAUAAAAUGUUGCAAACAAAUAUUAUUGAUUUAAUAUCAAUUUUUGAAGAUUCUGACUAUGAACACGGAUUUUUAAUGAUUAUUUUAAGCUUAUUCAUUGGUCUUAAAAUGUUAGGUAGUAAUAUAUUUCAAAAAAGUAAUGUUUUACUGACAAAACUUAAAAAAUUACAAUGGGAAGUUAUUAAAGAUAAAAAUGUUGAUCAUAAUAAAAUCCAAACAACUUUGGAAUCAGAUACAUUUUGCUCAUGUUAUUAUAAAAUAUCAGAAUUAAUAGGAGAAGGCUCUCAUACAGAUCCCAAUAUAAUGGAAUGUUGGAAGUUAUUAUUUAUACCGGCUGUACUUAAAUUUACUUAUUUUCAUUCAGUAGCUGAUGCAAUUAUCAAUGCUACAGAUGUUGAUAAAUUAGAAGGUUUAUUAGAAGAGGCAUCAAAUAGAGUACGUCAACAUUCUUCUUCAUCAAAUGAAACUAAAAUCGAAAAUUUAAUUGCAUUGGUGAAUAAUUCUGCUCAUAAAAAUAUCAAUAGCAGUCAUGAAAUAACUCAACCAAGUACCAGUAAAUUGACUACAGUUGAAAAUGCUGGAUCCGUGUCAAUUCUAAAUGUAAAUACUCCACGUGUUGUUCAUAAAAGAUCUUUAAGAAUCAAAGAAUCAACUACAACAAUGCCAAAUUACAAGUCAAAUGCUUGUGGUAUCAAAAAUACUUCAACUACAGUUCCUGAAAAUAUUGAAAAUUCUAAAGACUGGUUCAAAAACCCAUUUCCUAUUCAAAGUCAAAAUACAAUAACUUCAAAAUACCAAGAUUUGAAAACGCAGUACAAGGAUUAUUCUAAUACACAUUUAACUAAUAUACCUUCAUUAUCAAUUGCUGACCGUGUGAAAUUACGUAAAACAAGAAAUACUUUAACCGCUGUGCCUACAACAUCUAAAGACUUGGGCAAAAAACUUAGAUCAAUUAAAAACGAAUAUAUAUACACUCCUAUUGUUCAUACAAGAAUUUCAAGAUCCUCAAAACUGAUUACAAAUUGUAAUAAUCCUCCAAAAAAACGUUUAAAAAAAAUACAUGUACCUAACCCUAUUAAAGUUCAUGAUUCUAAAAAUAUUUCAACUACAGCACCUUUAAAACCUAAUGACUUGUUGAAAAUACCCUUUUCAAUUAAAAAUGAAAAUUCAUCUAUUCCACAUGUAUUCUAUACAGAAGAAAAUGAACUUUAUAAGAAUUCUUCAAUUCUUACAAAUAUAGCUACAACAUCAAUACUAAAACAUGAAAAAGUUUGUCAAGUUAAAAAUUGCUCUACUAAAUUUUCAACAAAUACUUGUUUAAACAAAACAGUAGAUUCCACUAUUAAAACAGUUAACGUACAGCAUGGAUUAAAUGGAAACCAAAUGAUCACAAUGCCAAAAGAGCCAUCCGUUAAAAUUAUAUCCAAGACAACGAGCAGCCACAAUAACGGGUUCAAUAAUGCCAAGUAA